GUGAGGUGGUGGGAGAGGUACUGGCAGGAGCAGCGCUGCCGCUGGGGUCUGGGGCUGACCCGUCUGACUUCCCGUCCGUGCCAAGCCCACUCGAGCCGCAGCCAUGUCUGGGGACGAGACGAUUUUUGAUCCUACUAUGAGCAAAAAGAAAAAGAAGAUCAAGAAGCCUUUUAUGUUAGAUGAGGAAGGGGAUACCCAAACAGAGAUAACCCAGCCUUCAGAAACAAAAGAAGUGGAGCCAGAGCCAACUGAGGACAAAGAUUUGGAAGCUGAUGAAGAGGACACUAGGAAAAAAGAUGCUUCUGGUGAUCUAGAUGACUUGAACUUCUUUAAUCAAAAGAAAAAGAAAAAAAAAACUAAAAAGAUAUUUGAUAUUGAUGAAGCUGAAGAAGGUGUAAAGGAUCUUAAGAUUGAAAGUGAUGUUCAAGAACCAACUGAACCAGAGAAUGACCUUGACAUUAUGCUUGGCAAGAAAAAGAAGAAAAAGAAGGUCAAGUUCCCAGAUGAGGAUGAAAUACUAGAGAAAGAUGAAGUUCUAGAAGAGGAAGACAGCAAAAAAGAUGAUGGUAUCUCAUUCAGUAAUCAGACAGGCCCUGCUUGGGCAGGCUCAGAAAGAGACUACACAUACGAGGAGCUACUGAAUCGAGUGUUCAACAUCAUGAGGGAAAAGAAUCCAGAUAUGGUUGCUGGGGAGAUAAGGAAAUUUGUCAUGAAAACUCCACAGGUCGUCCGAGUAGGAACCAAGAAAACUUCUUUUGUCAAUUUUACACAUAUCUGUAAACUAUUACAUCGUCAGCCCAAACAUCUCCAUGCAUUUUUGUUGGCUGAAUUGGGUACAAGUGGUUCUAUAGAUGGUAAUAACCAACUUGUAAUCAAAGGAAGAUUCCAACAGAAACAGAUAGAAAAUGUCUUGAGAAGAUAUAUCAAGGAAUAUGUCACUUGUCACACGUGCCGAUUACUGGACACAAUCCUGCAGAAGGACACGCAACUCUAUUUCCUACAGUGCGAAAGUUGUCAUUCUAGAUGUUCUGUUGCCAGCAUCAAAACCAGCUUCCAGGCUGUCAUGGGCAAGUGA